GACUCCUCUGGCGAGUUGUUCCCAUCUCCAGCAGUCAUGGCGGUGUCACGGACUCGCGAAGAUGGAGUAAACACCACUACUGCAACAACAUCUACAUCUUGAUAUAUAUGUUUUAAACUGUUUGAAUCUUAUCUUCAUGGUGGACUGUACUCGCUGUCAUCCGAGCUAUCACAAACAUCCCGCUGGCUGCUGCUUCUGCUGCUGCUGCUGCUGCUGCUGCGCUUCCAACGAUGGCCGACCGCGGCGUUGAUCUGUCGGCUCUGCCUAAAGAGGUCAGGGACCAGCUGGCGGAGUUGGAGCUGGAGCUAUCUGAAGGUGAUAUUACACAGAAGGGCUAUGAGAAGAAAAGGACCAAACUUCUGGCUCCUUACAUCAACCAUACUCCAGUGGAGCCGCCCCGUCAGAAUGACGUGCUGCCUCCCGCUCCCAGUUCCUCUUCCAGCCACGCCCCUCCCCCCUCCAGCUCAUCCCGUUACCGGGAACGCCGCUCACGCAGGACACAUCGGGGCGGAGGAACCAGGGAUGACCGCUACAGAUCAGAUAUUCACACUGAAGCAGUGCAGGCCGCUCUGGCUAAGCAUAAGGAGGAGAAGAUGGCCCUCCCCAUGCCUACCAAGCGACGCUCCACCUAUGUUCAGUCUCCCAUCGAAACCCGCACACCACCAGACUCUUCAUCAGGUUCUGAAGACGAGUCCGCUGUACGCAGGCAGUCAUCAGUGGUCGCUCCUCCACCUGUGGUCCAUCCUAACCUACAAAGUCCAGACGCUUGGAUCAACCGCACCGUCCAGGGCUCCUCCACCUCUUCCUCAGCCUCCUCCACCCUAUCCCAUGAGAGGGAGGCCAAGCCGCAGCAUAAGAGCCAGGCCCAGCCCCAGCCACAGUACAAACCUCAGUACCAGCCUAUGUUUCAGCCUCACCAUCAGCCACAGCCCCAGCCCCAGCCCCAGCCCCAGCCCCAGCCCCAGUACAAACCACACGAACAGCCGCGCACUGCAGCGCUGACUGACAUGAUGGCUAACAGUCGUAUUGCUCCCUCAGAGAACCACGCCCCGCCUCCAGAUGUAACGACUAUAGCCCCUGCAUCCCGGGGUCCACGGGUGGACCUGCCCUCCAAUGUGGCGGUCCGAGGGAUGAGCCGGGGGCAGAGCCGCUCAAGCAUGAUGGAGACCGCAGACGGAGUUCCUGUGAACAGCAGAGUGUCCACAAAGAUUCAGCAGCUGCUCAACACCCUGAAGAGGCCAAAGAGGCCGCCACUCAGCGAGUUCUUCACUGACGACUCUGAGGAGAUCGUAGAAGUGCCCACGCCGGACCCCAACACACCAAAGCCCGAGGGCCGUCAGAUCAUCCCUGUCAAAGGAGAGCCUUUAGGAGUUGUCAGUAACUGGCCACCAGCUCUGCAGGCAGCGCUGGCACGUUGGGGGGCCACUCAGGGGAAGAGCCCCGCCCUCACUGCUCUUGACAUCACAGGCAAACCGCUCUACACCCUGACGUAUGGGAAGCUGUGGAGUCGCAGCGUGAAGCUGGCGUACACACUCCUGAACAAGCUAGGCGCCAAGAAUGAGCAAAUCCUCAAACCUGGAGACCGGGUAGCGCUGGUUUACCCUAACAGUGACCCUGGGAUGUUCUGGGUGGCUUUCUAUGGCUGCCUCCUGGCUGAAGUGAUACCUGUACCUAUAGAAGUACCACUGUCUCGCAAGGAUGCCGGUAUCAGUCAGGUGGGUUUUCUGCUUGGUAGCUGUGGUGUCGGUCUUGCUCUAACCAGCGAGAUCUGUCUGAAGGGUUUACCAAAGACACCCACGGGAGAAAUACUGCAGUUUAAAGGCUGGCCUCGAAUGAAAUGGGUGGUGACAGACUCCAAAUACCUGACCAAGCCUUCCAAAGACUGGCAGCCGCACAUCCCCACCGCCAACACCGACCCUGCUUACAUCGAGUACAAGGCAAGCAAAGACGGCACGGUGGUGGGCGUGGCUGUCUCUAAAGUAGCCAUGUUGACCCACUGCCAAGCUCUGACCCAGGCCUGCAACUACUGUGAGGGUGAGACUUUAGUGAAUGUUCUGGACUUUAAGAAGGAUAUGGGCCUUUGGCAUGGAGUUCUCACAGCUGUGAUGAACAGGAUACACACUAUCAGUGUUCCUUAUGCUGUGAUGAAGGCUUGUCCUCUCUCCUGGGUGCAGAGGGUCCACAUAAACAAAGCUCGUGUAGGUUUGGUGAAGUGUCGUGAUCUACACUGGGCCAUGAUGGCUCACCGGGAUCAGAGAGACACCAGUCUGGCUUCACUACGGAUGCUGAUUGUUGCUGAUGGUGCUAACCCCUGGUCGGUGUCUUCAUGUGAUGCCUUCCUGAACGUGUUUCAGUCACACGGGCUGAAACCAGAAGUUAUCUGUCCCUGUGCCACGUCGCCUGAGGCCAUGACAGUCGCUAUACGCAGACCGGGAGUUCCUGGCGCACCCCUCCCCGCCCGAGCCAUCCUCUCUAUGGGCGGCCUAAGUCACGGAGUCAUCAGGGUCAACACUGAAGACAAGAACUCCGCCCUGACUGUACAGGAUGUGGGCCACGUCAUGCCUGGAGCUCUGAUGUGCAUAGUAAAACCAGAUGGGCCUCCUCAGCUGUGUAAAACAGACGAGAUAGGAGAGAUAAUAGUGAACUCUCGUGCUGGAGGCAACAUGUACUACGGUCUGCCUGGAGUCACUAAAAACACCUUUGAGGUGAUACCAGUAAAUGCUAACGGAGUUCCCAUCGGAGAGAUUCCAUUUGUGCGCUCAGGACUGUUGGGAUUUGUUGGCCCAGGCAGUCUGAUCUUUGUGGUGGGGAAGAUCGAGGGUCUGCUCAUGGUGAGCGGGAGGAGACACAAUGCUGACGACCUGGUGGCCACUGCUCUUGCAGUAGAGCCGGUCAAAACCGUGUACCGUGGGAGGAUUGCUGUGUUUUCAGUCACGGUGUUUUAUGAUGAGAGGGUCGUGAUUGUGGCGGAGCAAAGACCAGACGCCAGCGAGGAGGACAGCUUCCAGUGGAUGAGCCGAGUGCUUCAGGCUAUCGACAGCAUCCAUCAGGUGGGCCUCUACUGUCUGGCUCUGGUCCCGGCUAACACUUUACCUAAAACCCCCCUGGGUGGCAUCCAUAUAUCUGACACCAAGCAGUUCUUCUUAGACGGCACCCUGCAUCCUUGUAACAUCCUAAUGUGUCCCCACACGUGCGUCACCAACCUGCCCAAACCCCGGCAGAAGCAGCCAGUUGGCGUUGGCCCAGCGUCUGUGAUGGUCGGCAACCUGGUGGCAGGGAAGAGAAUUGCCCAAGCUGCAGGGAGGGACCUGGGCAUGAUCGAGGAUCAGGACCUUGUCAGAAAGCUCUGUAUGUGGCCAACUGUGAUGCAUCAGUAUUUGUCAGAGGCUCUACACUGGAGGGCACAGACAGACCCAGACCAUGUCCUCUUUGUCCUUCUUAAUGCCAAGGGUGUGACAGUGGGCACUGCAACCUGCGUCCAGCUUCACAAACGGGCAGAGAAGAUUGCUGCGGCGCUCACUGAGAAAGGAAGCAUCAACGGAGAGAACGUUGUGCUUCUAUAUCCUCCUGGCAUUGAUUUGAUAGCUGCCUUCUACGGCUGUCUCUAUGCUGGAUGUGUUCCUGUUAACGUCCGACCUCCACACCCUCAGAACCUGGCAGCAACGCUGCCUACUGUCCGCAUGAUUAUUGAUGUCAGUAAAGCUGCAUGUAUCCUUACUACUCAAAACCUUAUGAGGACUCUGCGCUCCAAAGAGGCUGCUGCCUCUGUCAACAUUAAAACUUGGCCAACAAUUAUUGACACAGAUGACCUUCCUCGCCGCCGGCCUCCACAGAUCUAUAAGCCGCCCACAGCAGAGAUGAUAGCUUAUCUGGACUUCAGUGUGUCCACCACGGGCAUGCUCACCGGCGUCAAGAUCUCCCAUGCAGCAGUCAGUGCAAUUUGUCGCUCUGUGAAGCUUCAGUGUGAACUAUACUCCUCUCGCCAAAUAGCCAUCUGCCUGGAUCCUUACUGUGGACUGGGCUUUGUCUUGUGGUGCCUCGCAAGUGUUUACUCAGGUCAUCAGUCCAUCCUGAUUCCUCCCUUUGAGUUGGAGAGCUGCUUGCCUCUGUGGCUGAGCACACUCAGUCAGUACCGCAUCAGAGACACCUUCUGCUCCUACUCCGUCAUGGAGCUCUGCACUAAAGGGUUAGGGACUCAGACCGAGUUGCUCAAGGCCCGCGGAGUGAACCUGUCUUGUGUGAGGAGCUGCGUGGUGAUAGCAGAGGAGCGUCCUCGCCUCGCUCUCACACACUCCUUCUCCAAGUUAUUUAAAGACGUGGGGCUGUCCACCAGAGCUGUCAGCACUGCUUUUGGGUCCAGGGUUAACCUGGCAAUCUGCCUGCAGGGCACCACUGGUCCUGAUCCCUGUACGGUUUAUGUGGACAUGAAGUCCCUCCGCCAUGACAGAGUGAGGCUAGUGGAGCGAGGAGCACCUCAGAGUCUUCCUCUAAUGGAGUCUGGCAAGAUACUUCCGGGUGUUCGGGUAAUAAUCGUAAAUCCUGAGACCAGAGGUCCUCUCGGAGAUUCUCAUCUAGGCGAGAUCUGGGUGAACAGCCCUCACAGUGCCAGUGGCUACUACACCAUCUACGGAGAGGAGAGUCUGCAGGCUAACCACUUCAACACCAAGCUCAGCUUUGGAGACCCGCAGACCUUAUGGGCCAGGACAGGAUACCUGGGUUUUGUGAAGAGGACUGAGCUGCUGGAUGCUAGUGGGGAUCGACAUGAUGCUCUGUUUGUGGUGGGCUCUCUGGAUGAGACCUUGGAGCUCAGAGGCCUGCGCUACCACCCAAUCGACAUUGAAACUUCAGUGUCCCGGGCUCACCGCAGUAUUGCUGAAAGUGCUGUGUUUACGUGGACCAACCUGCUGGUUGUGGUGUCGGAGUUGUGUGGUUCAGAGCAGGACGCGCUGGACCUGGUGCCUCUGAUAACCAACGUGGUCCUGGAGGAGCACCACCUAAUUGUGGGUGUCGUGGUGAUCGUGGACCCCGGGGUCAUACCCAUUAACUCCAGGGGGGAGAAGCAACGCAUGCACCUUCGUGACUCUUUCCUUGCCGAUCAGCUGGAUCCCAUCUAUGUUGCUUACAACAUGUGAGGUGCUCGUGGUGCUCUAGGCUUGUUUAGCCGUCAUCCGCAGUGUGGAUGCUUCUCCAUCAUCCCUGCAUUUGAUCACAGCUUAGCUGAUGUUGGAAAGGAAAAGCAUGAGCCACAUGUUCUGCCACCCAGCCCUGUGCAACACCAGCAUAUCUCGGCUAUUGCAUGUCUGUGAUUGGACCUUCCAUGUUUGGAGUUGUUCACUGUGUUUUUUAGAUAGAAACAAUGCACUGCAUACAACAAAGAGAAGAAAAAAACCCUGGUUGCACUUUUCUGGGUAGAGGGCAAAAUGACACAUUCAACAGAAACACUUUUUUUCAAUUAAUUCCAUAUUAAUGUCUUUGUGAAAAUCCAUCAUCUUAUUCUGUGCCCACCACAAACCUGUAGAAAGACUUUCCUUUGUGUUUGACUACACAGACUCCAAGAGCUACUAAACCUAUAUCAACAACUUGAAAUUUUACUUUUUACAUGCAGCUUUUAAACAAGCACACAAAGUCAUGAGCAGAGCCUUUGUCAUUCCUCACUAACAUGGAUGGUUUAAAGAGGGCAGAGGAAAGCAAACUAUUACAUAAGUAAUAAAACAGCCAUUUUUUUGUGCAUUAUUUAGAAAGCAUAUUUUGUCUCAUGAUAAAGAAGCCAAAUAGAAUUCAACGUUUCUGCCCAAAUAUAUUUCCUGCCUUAUAAAACUUCAGCCAUACAUUCCUAACUUAUUUUUUAAUGAACCUGUUACUAAUGGCUGUUUAUUCUUCUUUGUUUUUGACUCGAAGUCAAAAUCCUGCAAUCAAUAGGGAUCAAAAUAGAAGAGGAAAGAGGCCAUAUUCUAUACUGUAUCUAUAAAGGCCUGUUGUAUUUUAGAUACUGUACGCUACUGUAUAAAUAUUUUUAAUUGUACAAAUGUAUAAAUGCUUGACGUGUCUCCCUCAGUUGUUGUUUAAUGGAGGCAGCUGAGAGAUGAUAAUAGUAGCAGAGAGAAGAUUGUAAAUAAGAUUUUAACAGUACUUUUGAAGCUGACUAUUAACUCUAUGAUGGAGGGUGGGAUGAAUAACUUUAAAGCGUUGUCAGUCAGGAUAGAUUUAAACAAUGCACUUUCUCAAAAAGUGUCUAUUUUAUUAUAGCAAUGAGGCAUUAUAAGAGAUGGACAAGGAGCAUACAUUAUUUUGUCAAAAUAAUUGGAGGAGGUGUGAGAGUUUACAGGGAGGGCUAAAGCUGUUAAUGCCAGGGACCUUUCCUGUCAAAAAAAAAAAUACAGGUGUGAGGAGAAGUGACUGUUUUCAUGCGACCAAGUGUUUCAUUUUCAUUUUUGUAAAAUGUAUAAGAAAGGCCCACAAUCUUGUCACAUCUAAUAUUAAUUACUAUUGUACUUUGUAUUACUUAACACUCAUACAAUCCCGGUUUGCUAUUGCACUAAUCAGUAGAGCAAGUGCUUGAGAGGGUUUGGCCCUUUCCUUUUCCUCUCCACACUCAACUGUGUUUUGUCUUUUUGCAACUUUGUGAAAAAAAACAAAAAAAAACGACUUUGAAUUCAGACUGGACCUUUGUUGCCACUGAAGUCUGUAGGCAAUAGAGGCAAUUUCAUCAUCAUUUAUCUGGAUUCUUUUCUGUCUUCAGUCACUGGAUUUUUUUAGCACUUGUUAAUGCAGUUGCAGAGCUGAGCCACGUUGGAAACAUUCUUUAAGGGCGAGAAAAGUAGUCAUUUGAAAAAAAAAGAAAAGGGUUGGUGGGGGGGGGGGGGGCAUCACAAUGCAUUUUGCAUUUGGUUUUCUGAAAUCUUGUGCUCUCCUUUGUGUUCCUUGCCAUGAUGUAUAGGUUCUUUGUACUGGAUUAUACUGUAAUUCAUUGAUGAACCCUUAUUGUCACCAUGUAAAUACUUGCGGUUUUUUUGUUUGUUUGUUUGUUUGUUUGUUUUUUUUAAAUUGUCCCAUUAUAGCACUCAUGACAACGGCAAUAUGAAAAAAAAGAUAUAUAAUACUUUCAAGUUAAACAGAAAUAUGAUCUAUUCAAUGACUGCACUUUGCACUAGUGGGACUACAAGUAGGUUUAUACUGUGUGGACUGAUUGAUUUAUAAACCCUCACUUCAUGGCACAUUAAAAGUGGCAAUCAUUUAAAAAAAAUGUAUUUGACAUUUAAUUUUACCCACCUUGAAGAUCACUAUAAGCACUUCAUAUUUGCUUUAACAUUGCAUCCUAUGUUUGCAUAGAAUGUUUGCAUGACUCAGCCAACCACAGAAGAAAUCGGCUUGAGGAACCUCUCAUCUCCAGGCACAAGUGGGUGAGACGUAUGUGUAUGAUAUAGUAUAUUCAGGGAACAAAACUUUCAACACAGGGAUGGACCAGAUGGUCCCUUGGUGCAAUCUGUGAAUAUUACCCACAAAAUGUACAUGUUUUUUCAAUAACAUUCUCCUUGAAAUUAAGGCAGACCCUGCAAACCUAAUGAGCAAACCGAGAGGUUACUGAGAACCAUCCACCAUCUGCCUGCUUUGCUGGGAAGUCUACAAGGGCUUCCUUUGGUUUCUGCUCCUUUUCACUGUCAGAGUUCUUACACACUAUGCAAUCCCAAUGACAGUGCUAUUUAAUUUCAAAGCUUUCACAGUCUGGUGAAAUAUACGUGAUGCUUAUACAUUUUGUACUAACUAAGAUCAGAGGACUGACACUACUAGUGUACUUAAGAUUGCAUUGAUCUCUCUUCAGUUUUUCUUUCAAUAAUUUGUGUAUGACCCUGGUAUGUUGUAUAUUAAUGAUUUGGUUAACUCUUAACUGCUCCUCGAGGGCAUGACUAAUCUUCAAUGUUAGGGAGGUGUUUUAUCUUACAUAGUAAAGAAUUCAAAGUGGUACACCCUUUCCCAUUAUUUUCUCAUUUAUUUUCUAUUUGGUUUGUUGUACUUUGUUUUAUACUUUAUGUAAAAGUAAUACAGAAUAAAAAUGCAUUUAAUCAAU